CGUUAAGCAGUUAUUCAUAAUGGAUUUUUUAACAGUGGAAGAAAAAAUAGAAAUGAUUUUGAUUUAUGGAGAAGCAGGCAGGAAUCUUGAUGAUGUUAAUAUCUACGCUCAGAGUUUUCCGGAUAAAAUUCGAUCACGUCAUUUCAGUGUACAGUCAAGUAGUUUACUACAAACGGGAGUGUUCAACCGAAAAAAAGAGUUCGUCAAGCAACAGUUACAGUUUAAAUAUACCCCUAGCUACAAUGAUCUUCAGUUAAAGUAUUUAAUAAACAAAAUAUACCAACGAAUUUUAAUGUUUGAUUUACGCAAAAUCUUGAAAACAAGAGCUAAAUGA